AUGAGGAUGCGCUCACGCGCUCUACUCGUCCUCCUCUGCUCUCUCCUCGCCGGCGCGUUCAACGCCGAGCCCUCUCCGGACCCGACGUACAAGGACUGCCACCCAGGCGACAAGGCGGCGCUGCUCGCCGUCAAGGCCGCCCUCGGGAACGCCUACCACUUCGCGUCGUGGACGCCCGACAACCCCUGCUGCGACUGGUACGACGUCACCUGCGACCACUUCACCGGCCGCGUCGUCGGCCUCGACGUCUUUCAGGACGCCAACCUCACGGGCACCAUCCCCACCGCCCUGGCCAGCCUCCCACACCUGCAGGACCUCACCCUGCGCCACCUCCCGGCGCUCUCGGGCCCUAUACCGCCGGCCAUCGGCAAGCUCUCCAACCUCUCGAACCUUCGCAUCUCCUGGACAGCCGUGUCGGGCCCCGUGCCGUCCUUCCUGGGCGCGCUCAAGAAGCUCACCUUCCUUGAGCUCUCCUUCAACUCGCUCACCGGCGCCAUCCCGGCGUCGUUGGGGACCAUCCCCAACCUGUCCGGCAUCAACCUCAGCCGCAACCGCCUCACCGGCGCCAUCCCCUCGAUGUUCCUCAGCAAGUCUGCGGACCAGGUCUACCUCUGGCUGUCGCACAACAACCUCACGGGACCAGUCCCGGCCGGGUUCGCCGCCGUGAACUUUGCGCACCUCGACCUGUCGCGCAAUGACCUGACCGGCGACGCGUCAGGCCUCUUUGGCCGCGGGAAGGAGUUGCAGUACAUCGACCUGUCCCGCAACGCCUUCGAUUUCGACCUCUCGGGCGUGGUGCUCCCGGAGCAGCUCUACUUCGUCGACGUGAGCCACAAUGCCAUCCAUGGCAGCAUCCCGGCGCAGGUCGCCAACUUGUCCAAUCUGCAAUUCUUCAACGUCAGCUACAACAGGCUCUGCGGCCCUAUACCCACCGGCGGGAACACGGCGAGGUUCGAUCUCUACAACUUUCAGCAUAACAAGUGCCUCUGCGGUGCUCCACUCCCUGCAUGCAAGAAAUAG